UAGCCCCUCCCCUUUAAGGGAACGGGGCGGGGCUACGCUUGCUGCAGAAACCUGCCCUUUAAGAGCGCCCCGUUUCCUUUCGCUGCUGCUGCUGCAGCUGGUGCUGAAAGCCAGCUCCCAAUCGCCGCCGUCGCCCCUGCCGCCGGAGGAGUCCGGGCCUCGCUUUGCCAUGGUGUCCUGGAUCAUCUCCCGGCUGGUGGUUCUGGUUUUUGGCACCCUGUACCCUGCCUAUUCUUCUUACAAAGCUGUGAAGACGAAAAAUGUGAAAGAAUAUGUUAAAUGGAUGAUGUAUUGGAUUGUGUUUGCCUUCUUCACCACAGCAGAAACACUCACAGACAUCAUUCUGUCUUGGUUUCCCUUUUAUUUCGAGUUGAAAAUCGCAUUUGUGAUCUGGCUGCUCUCUCCUUAUACCAAGGGAUCCAGCGUCCUGUACAGGAAGUUUGUUCACCCAACGCUCUCCAAUAAGGAGAAGGAAAUAGAUGAAUAUAUUAGCCAGGCCCGUGACAAGAGUUAUGAAACUAUGAUGCGUGUUGGCAAGCGAGGAUUAAAUCUGGCAGCAAAUGCAGCAGUUACUGCAGCUGCAAAGGGCCAGGGGGUUUUGUCUGAAAAACUUCGGAGUUUCAGCAUGCAAGACUUGACUUUGAUUCGAGAUGAUGACACAAUGCAUUUGCAAAGCCCUGAGUCACACAUGCAUACGUCUUCUAAGGGCCAUCUUGAAACUAUUGAUGAUUCAGGUGCAUCUUUUUACUCUUCAUCUGAGGACAUGGCUAUGACUCAGAGACAUAAUGGAACACAGUCUGAUUCUAGAACUGAACCAUCUGAUGAUGAUACAGGAGACAAAGUUCCCAAACGAACCCAGAGCCUUAAAGCUCCUAAGAAAACAAUAAAGACUGAGCCUCCACAGAAGGUAGUGAAAGCCCGUCCCAAGAAGAAAGCUACAGGCUCCACUGCUGUUGGCGAAUCAGCCUAAGGACAAUCCAACUGAAAAUCUGUCCCAGAGCGCUCUUCUGCCACUGUGAGGGACACUCUCCAAGGAAUGGGAGCUGAGAUCAUGUACAUAACAGCUACUGCUUUGUAGAGCUCAUUCCCAGGCGAGAUGGUGAUUGAAAUUUGGCACACAGAUCAGAGGAUGGCCAUCCUCAGGAAUUAUAUACUCUUCAUCUCUGUGAUGGAAAAUGCUAAUCUGUCUGUAUAUAGCCUGUUGUUUUGGGAUUCCCUCUCCAUGUGUAACCCUAGUAGAGAAACUCUUUGCUGGAAUACCUCUUUAAUUAGGGUUAGAACCACUUUUGGCAGAGAGGCUGGUUAAAAAAAAAAUUGGUGCAAUUGAAAUUCUAAUUUGCAUGGAGAGCUCCUAGUAGCUCUUCACUUGCUGUAUGAUUUAGCUGCUAUGGGGAAUUGUUGGGAAGUGCCUGAAGCAAGGUGACUGGUACUGAAAACUAUCCUUUCAAAAUUGUUUCAGCAAAAGAAAGAAGGAGAAGUGAUAGUUUGCUGUAAACGCAACAUCUUCGCUGUCCGUGAAGUGGGUUUUAGCAAAGAAUUUCUUGGCAGGGGGUGGGGGUGGGCGGGCUGCAGUGACUUUGAGGAAAAGACUAAUAGUGAUGAGAAUGAAAGUGGCUGGCUUUGCUACCAGUAUCUGGUCUUUCUAUGCAGAAGCCUCUUUUGCUUGGGUGGAAUUAUUGUGACUUUGCUUAUGUUAAGUAUUGGAAAGGGGAAAUGUUUUUUUAAAAGUAGAGGAAAGAUGACAAAACUAAGUGAAUCGUGGCUGGAGGACGACAUAUGGGAAUGCUUGAGCCUAGAUCACUCUCUCCAAAGAGUUAGAAUCCUGAAUAAUUACAAUCUAAGUAUCAAACCUUUGGACCCCUUCUUCAGAGUUGCCUUGAUAUUUUAGGUUUUAUAGAUUGGUCUGUUUUCUGUAAGAAUUAUUUCAAAGAAGUGGUUGCGUGAAAGCAGUUGGUCAAUAGUAAGCUGAAUGGUACAUAAGUUUCUGCUGGCUUUUGUUUGCAGUCAGAUUAUAAAUUGAAGUUAAUCAGUACAUCCAGGCAAGCUGGCCAAAAAUAAUAAUCCUUUUUGGAGUUUUUCUGAGUGGCAUUUUGUAAUAAGUGGUAGGGACAUUUCCACUUAUUCUAAAUGUAAACAAUUGAUGCGGCUACUCAGCUCUCAGGAAUUACUACUUUCUACCAUCCAAAUCUUCCAUUGUUCUCUACUUGUGCUAUUUACUUGGUAGAGACAGUACUGUUUGGUGUUAGGUGACCACAAGAAUUCAGAUUUUAUAUAGAAUGAUGAUAGUACCUAAUUGGUAAUGAAACAACUGCAAGAAAGCAACCAAGCUCAGAGAGAAACAAGGACCCUAUAGAAUUACAAUAAAAUCAAUGAAAGUAAUCCUUAAAAUGUACCGUUUCACAAACUUUAACAUAAAUACAAUAAUCUAAAAUUAUAAAGUUAGGAAGCUUAGAUAAAUACUAGUGACUCUGAUUUUUACUAGGUUAGCUCCAUUUUAUGAAUACCAUAUACAUCAAGGCCACCAGUCUUUAAAGAUGAAGCAAAUCUUUGCCUAUUAGGUUUAUUCACAAGAUCUUAGGUGGCAGUAUCAGCUUUUAGAUAUGCAACAUAACACUUCAGUGUGUUGUUUGAAAACUUGUUUCCUAGCACAGGCUACCGCAUUUACUAAUUUCUAAACACGUUUGUUCAAAUUAAUCUAUACUGAGUUCAGUGGGACUUAUGUCCUAGUAAGCAUACUUUCCAAAGUUGCCUCUUUAAACUAACUCUCUUGUUUUGCAUUGUUGUUAUGAGAUGCAGAGAUAAUUAAGAUUACAAAGGAAUUUCCUUUAAAGAAAUUGUUUUUAGUCUACUUCCAGUUAAAAUUACACAUCCCUCCACUUUGUGUUGAACUUCUGGUUUGGACAUCUGUCAGUUCUUUUUCCGCAAGGACAAAGAGAAUAUUCACAGUGUAUUUGCUGUUCUCUUUCCUCCCGGGCAGUGUUUAAUGCCAAAGACUUGGCAAACAAUUAAAUGCAUUUUUUAAAAUUUGUCAAGGAUACCCUAAAUAUGAAAUUAGCCUUUUAGUAGUUGGAAAAUUGACUUUGCUGAGAAUAAAAAUAUAGAAGCCUGCUAUACUUUCUAGUUAGUUGAUUGCUCUUUCCCAACACUCUGCAAUUAUUCUUGAGUGGUCCUGUUUACAAGGGGUUUAGGUAUGAAACAACUCCAUUUAUAUAUAGAAAAUAUGACUAGGAAAAGGAAGUGCAGUUGGAGUCUGGUUUGACUGUACUGAAAACCUUUAUAUUUCUGCAGUAUUAGGGGGGGAGGAGUGCUCCCUUCCAGAGUGAAAGUUGCAAGGCUUUAUCCAACUGCUCUUUGUGUUUUACAGCACAUUCUGAUUUUUUUGUUUAUACAUACCGGCACCUUUUAUUUCUCACAACAUGUAUAUUAGAUUGCUCCUGGGAGUCGUGAUUCUUUGUUUGUCAGUGAUUUGCACAGAAGUUAAUGGAUUAGGUUCACAGCAAUCAUUCUUGUACAUUAUUCUCAGUUUCCGCAGUGACUGUUAGCAGUACUUUCCUGGAUAAUUAAAGCUCCUGCAAGAGGCUUGUCGCUCUAUAAAUUCACCUUCUCCCCAUCCCAUCAAGUCUAGUCUUGAGAAAACUUCUAUUGUAAAUGUUCAAAUUAGCCUGCCCUGGAUACGCUUGUCAUUUACAUUAUUUGUUCAUGUUCGCAUUGCAGCCGUGUGUGUGUGUGUGUGUGUGUGUGUGUGUGUGUGUGUGUGUAAGUGUGUGAAAUUCCUUUCUCACCCCAUGAAUUGUCUGCAUCUUCCUCAAUCUUAUGUCUUCUACCAGAGGCCUGGACAUUUAAGGGUUCUGUGCAGUAUCUUAGAUCUUUCUAGCACUGUACUCUUCUUGGCAGAGAACUCUGAUGUUGGAGCCCUUCUCCUAGUCUAAGAGUCACAGCCCUUGGGAUCAUUUUGGUCUUUAUUUUUCUCAUCCUCUCCAGUUCCUCCUUCAGGGCCAGGUUCUUUUCCAGCAUCUCAUACUCCUCCUUCCUGAUGUUUCUGUCACUUGACACAUCUAUCACCACCUCUGUCUUCGGGUUCUUUCUUUCUUUCUUUCUUUCUUUCUUUCUUUCUUUCUUUCUUUCUGUCUUUCUUUCUUUCUCUCUCUCUCUCUCCCUCCCUCCCUCUCUCUCUCCCUUCCUUCCUUCCCUCUUUCCUCCCCUCCCUUCCCCUCUCCUCCCCUUCUCUCUGCCCUUCCUCUCUCUCUCUCUCUCUCUCUCUCUCUCUCUCUCUCUCUGUGUGUGUGUGUGUGUGUGUGUGUGUGUGUGUGUAUGAUACUCAUGACCGUUCACUUUUUUGACACCUUUCAAGAACAUUAUAUCACUGGCCUGCAUUCAGCUUUGUAGAUAUAUAUUACAGCCUUAACAGAUCUUUCAUUUUGGUUGUCAGUCUGAGUUUAAAGGAUCUGACAGCUCUGUUAUGUGGUUCCUGGAUAUUUGGCUUAGUGUUUUUCUUGUUCACUUCAGUGCUGAAGAUGUGGCUUCUUCUAACUUAUUUUUGUACUAAUUAAAAACAAUGCCCAUGAUUUUCAUCAAUGUCAUUUGAACUUCUGUUGCAAAUGAGAGGAAUGUUAGUAUAUUUCACAUGGCUCUUAUUCAUUUCUGGGUUUUCAAGAUUCCUAGGAUGAUUCAGGGGAGUAGAUUGGUAUUCAAAUUCUUUAUUUGAAAUUCACUUUUUUCCUGAAUGAAUGCAAUCAAAACACAUGGUAUUAAAUAUAUAAUUAAACAUUUUGCUGAUUUUUAAAAACUGUAAGUAUCAAUUGAAACAGAAAAAGGAACUAAUCAGGUAUGGGCAUAUAUGGGAUGAUAUUUAAGUUUUUUCUUGUACACCAGCUGCUAUUCGAUAUAAAAGGAAAAUUCCAGUUAGCAUCAGUGAAAACUUUCAGAUUAAUGUUUGGCAGGACUAUUGCAUAGGAAAGAAAGGAAUAAUUUUUAUUGGAUUCCUAAUGCAGAUCAGUCUCCCUUUCCAGCAGUUGUUAUUUAUAGUGAGAAAAAGUUAUACAGAUUACCUGUAAGUAAUCCAUUCUGGGAGUGAAUAAUUUCCUUACAUAAUUAUAGGACUACCAGAUCUAAAAUAUAAAAAUCUGAACAGCCACUGGAUAACAGCAAAGAAUUUGAAUUUAUUGCCAUCUAAUGAUCCAUCAAAGAUAUUUUCAAUCAAGUCCUAAUAGCCCGAUUAAAUACAUUUUUGUUAAAUGCCACAACUGUAUGCACAGUUAUUUGGACAAAUCCGCGGUUUGACAAUAGAAACACUGUGUGCAGCAUAUGCGCAUAUAAAAAGAUAUUGCAAAACUACAAAAGAUGUAGAAAAUGACAACAGCUCCCCUCUGUGGAAAGAUACUGUUUUUUUUGUUUAUAAAAAUGGCAAGCAAGAGGAAAAUGAUAGAGGUCUAUGGAAUUAGGCGUAUUUUCUUCCCUAUUUCAUCAUAUUAAAACUCAGCGCCAUGCAGUGAAGUUAAAUGUAGGAAGUUCAGGACAAAUAACUUUCAGCAUUUCUCCACACAACUCAUAGUGCAUAACUUUGAGGGAUUGGAUAAAUGCACGGAGAAUCAUAAGGAUAUGCAGGAGGCCGGACUGUUGCAGGAUUGUGAUGCAAACUCUACACUUUACAUACUAGUAUGCAACAGUAAAGAAAGUACAAAAAGACGAAGUUUGCAUUGUGAUGUCACAAGUUUAGUCAUUUUGGCUACAUUAAGAACAGCCACCUAAGUGGAGAAUGGUUAUUAAUUAUGACAAUUAUCAGAUGUUUCUGACUAAUUCUGGUUUAGGAGCACAAAGGAAAUUAUUUAUUUAAUUUAUUUAUUUAUUGCGAUUUAUAUGCCGCCUUUCUCCCUAGGGACUCAAGGCGGCUUACAAAAUGACAACAUCAAUACAAAUCACAAUACAAUACCAAAUUAAAAUCAGUAACCCAAUUAAAAAACGAUUUAAAAUUAUACCAGCGUAUACCAAUUAUGCUGUUGCCUUCAUGUUCUAUCUACGAACUUCCCAUAGGCAUUUGCUUGACCAGUGGCUGAAUAACUGAUGGGCUAUGGUCUGAUUGAUCCAAUAAAGCUGGACUGAAAGAUUAUAUCAUUAGUGCUUUAUGCUGAAAGAUUCUGACAAUGAGACUGUUACAGAGAAACUAAUAAUUAUUUAAAAUUUGUAACUUCAGUUCACAUUAGUUUUAUAAAACAGUUCUUGAUUUGCCCUUCAGAAUGGAAGAACUAAGAUUAUCUUUGGUAAUUUAAUAGCAAAUGUAGAGUGCUCAGGUUCUGCAGGAUCACAGUGCAUACCUUGUUGUUUGCAAUGCCACAGAUAUGCUCCCAAAAUUCAUUUAAAAAUUCCCCCCAAAUUUUAAUUGUGAAAAUUAUGGAAACUUUAAUUUAAUUAAUUAGUCAGAUUGUACUCAUUUUAAUUACAGUUUUUGUUCUGCCCCUACCCCUUCCUUUAUCCUAGUUAGGUUCACUGUACAACAAAUCACUCAAAGACCAAGUGUGACCCUCAGUCCAUCAAAGGUGGUACAGCCAUUAUCGAAGGGGGUGGUAAUAAUAUAAUUCUUAUCCUGUGUUCAUAUCAUAGUCUUCCUGUUGUGAUUUGUAUCAUUACAAUUACAAAAUAUAACGUUAUUUAGAGGAAGAAUAACAUGUCUGACUAUCAAAAAGUUGGAUUGUGUUAUUUUAUAUAUAAACCAGACAGUGUCAAAUAUUUAUUCAGGAAUUCAAUGCCUUUUAUGUUUUCAACCAGUGCUGCUUGUAUGGGGUAGAGUAAAUAUCGACAAAAGCUUUUAUCUCCAUUUCAGGAACAAAUGUACUUUCUUACAGUGCUUAGAAUGAAACAUUUUUUAAUACCAUGGCUGUGGUAUUCAGGUUUUUGCAUUAUUUCUUUUUUGUUUUGUUUUUUCAGUCAAAUUGGUCAUAACAUUAGUAACAGUUGCUUUUAUGUUUGUGAGUGUUCAGUGAAGCACAAAAAGGGCAAGCUGUUAUUGUAAACAAACAAGACUUUUGAGUUUUGCAUAAUCUUUCAUUUUGGAGCAGCUUAUUAGCUGAUAAAAAGCACUCCAUUUUCAGUGUUGAUAUAUAAAUCCAGUGUUCGGCAACAUAAUCUGUGCUCCCAAAUUCAGCUAGCUCCUUUAGCCAGAAUUAUUGCAAGGUUUAGCCUGUUAUGUGUUUACAUUUUCACUUAUGUUAUGUCAAAGUCAUCCUUUGCAAUCAUAAAAUGACUUGUUUGAAUCUUCAUGGGAGCUCAGGAGGAGAGCCAAAAAUUGUGGUUUAUAAUCCUGAAAUGUCAGCAAUUUGCUUUCUCUGUGGUAGUCAUGACAAUAUGGCAGUGUACAUUUUCUCUGUUUCCUGCCAGAGAAAAUAGCUAAAAAGAGGUACAGUGUGUCAAGCAUUUUAACAUGUUACCUUGAUUAUGGAUAUUAUAUCAGUUCUGCAGAAAUCUAUAAGAGCACUUGGUGGCAGCAAAGAUCUAUUUGCUGCUAGCUAAUCCUCACUUGGAUUUGUGAAGCCCUAAUCUUGAUUGUUCAUUUAAAAUUUUAUUGAUUGUUUUGCUGCUAUGAAAAGUCCUCAGCAUAGAUACUUAUUGAGUUUAGAGAACAGUUUUUCAAACAAUUGGGGGAAGUAUCCACUUAGAGGCUAUAUACCAGUAUGUAUAACCUUUAGACAGAGAGAAUGUGAAUGAAGUACUACCUCUCGGCAGUGUUCCGUCAUUUAUUAAUAUAUUUAAUGUUUUAAAAUAAAAUAUCUUGAAGCAUGAAAUGAACCAGGAAACAUUGACUUGUGGUAUAGGUAAUCAAUUUAGCCCCCAUCCCUUGACUUGUAUGGGACGAUUCAAAGCAUCUGGUAUUAACAGUUAUACCAGAAAAGAAAAUGAAAAAGUCUUGCCUCUCCUCGGCAGUCUUGCAUGUGCUGUUCCCUAGAAUAACUGACUGAAACAACUGUCUGCAUUUUGGGGAAGAGGAAGAAUAUCUUUACUUCUGAACAGGGCAGGGUAGAACAAGGAAAUCUAACUUGCAGAAUCAAUGAUUGGAGGAGAUUGUCCCACAGGACAGAUAUGACUAAGCUGAGGAAUAAAAGGGGAUUUCCAAGAAGAUGAGAUAAUAACUACUUGUUCCCAAGUUCUGUUUAGACUUGGAGGAUGAGUCAGCUUACAUGAGCUGAUACAAAUAGCUCAACGUAUCAGCAGUCAACUUUGGUGAAGCCGUGUCUUCUUCUUCUUGAGCAAAUGCUCAGCAGAACACAGCUCAACUGCUGCACACCAUUAUAUCAAGUCUCAUAGUUGAAUAAGCAAUGAGAAACAUUUCCUUUGCCAUGUCUCAACCACACAGUAAGCUACUUUCAAGGUGUCAUCUGCAUAGAUAUUUGCCAUACCCAUCAUGUCUGACAACUUACCUCUUCUUAAAAAGAAGAAGGCUACCUCUUCUCUAUUCACUGUCCUCACAGCUGCUGAUUUAGAGUGGAGAUGUUGCUUGUCUCUUCCAUCUUGCAGUGACCUCCUUAAGAUAUUGCUCUGUUCGAUGCAAAUUAGUUUACUAAUCCAGAAAAGCUUGUUUUGGGAUCUUUCCCUCCUCCAGGUAUCGUUAUUCUGACUCAUGGAACACCUGUAAAAAUAUUUGUAUCUCACCUCUAAAAAGAUGUACCUGCUGCCUUAUAGGAGGAGACUGUUGCCUCCUCUUUUUGGGGAGGUAACCAUUCUUGUGUAUGUGAAAUUGCUGCAUUCCUGAAAAGAACAUCCUUCUUUUCUUUGGCAGAUACCCUUAUGCCUAUUUUCACACAUGCCAAUCUAUAUAUUUUGCCAUAACUGACUUCUUAAAAAAAAUAUGUGGAUAGCAAGGAAAAAUUAUAGUAAGAGCAAAUAUUCCGGAAUUUACAUUCGCACAUUAAAAAUGUGAAUUGGAAUUCCAGAAUAUGGAUAUUCCUACCUAAUGCCUGUAUACUAUAUGUAUGUCAGAACCUCUGUGCAACUCACCCAUCUACUGUAUAUUAUUUGUCAAUCUUUAGUAAUGAUUUAACUGAUUUUUGCAGGCUCUCGGUGGUUUAUGAGAUUUAUUUCUAUCACUUUCUAUCAUUUUAUUAAUGGUCAUAGUUAGUUGUGGCCCAGUAAGAAAAGUAUUAGGGAAAUGUUUAUUUGCAUGGUUAUUUGAAUUAUUUUAAUUGAAAUUGCACACACAUAAGAUACACACACACACUACAUUAUACCACAUUUGGUGGUGGAAACACUACAUUUGGUAAGCGUUUUGUUUGAAUUAUUAUUAUUUAAUCCAUUUGUUCUUAGUAUAGCUUGGUAAUAACUCACUUGAUAGAACUUUAUUAGAUUCUGUUUCUCUUCUGUUCCAAACCCCUUAAACCCUUUUUCUUUGCAUAUUUGUUACUGUUCAGAAUGUUUGUGCUAAAUUUCCUUUGUCCUCAACACAGUAUGGCAGCUAUCGAGCGAUUAUAAUUCGAAAUUAAAAUAUUGGGGCCAGUGAAAUCUAAUGUGUUGUGGAAUUCCAGAACAGAUGGUGCACUUUACAAUAGUCACCCAUGCUAUGAAAUCAAUUUUUUCUGAACUUCUCUGAGCCAAAAUGAUGGAUUUUUAUGUUAGAUUUUGGGUCUCUGAAGCUGAUAGAUAUUUGAACAAUAUUUGAACAAGUGUUUGCAAUUCCAGUAUCAAAGCUGCUACCGUACUAUUUGCAAUGAGGAAGUGGAAUCAGAAAUAACACGGAAUGUACAAAAAAAUA